AUGACUAAUAAGCUGCUGUUUUGCACCUGUUGCAUGAAUCGCCUUUUUGUGCCUUUUUGUACAGGCUCCCUUGAGGGGUUUGUUGAUCUAGGGCAGUUCGGUGAAGAGAACUCCAGCGAAGAGCUUGCAGACCAUGGCUUGGUGGUAGUCCCCGAGCCUUUCUCAGGAAAACAGAUGCAAAUCUUGGGCGUCUUUUCCUCGAACAACAAUGUGAAAGCAAAUGUCCUGGCCAAGAUUGCCCUAAAAGCAACGCUCCUUUGCGAACAAGCCGGCCUCUUUGUUGAUCGUGUGACAUGUGACGCUGCGAGCUGGAAUCGCAGCAUGUGGAAAAUUUUCGAAUAAGCGGUAACCUGUGGCUCUGCCACAAGCAUCAAGUGCAAGUGCCCCCACCCAGCUGAUGACAUUCGUGCUCCACAUUGUUUUUCUGACUUUCCACACUUAGUGCAGAAUCUGCGAAAUCGGUUCUUGGACAGUGGCUUCAGCACACCAAAGGGUCGCGUGCAUGCUGACUGCAUCAGAAACGCGUGCGACUGCGAAAAUGUGACGUUGCAAGUUAUGCCUCACAUAAGCAAAUUACAUCUUAUACCGAACCGCUUCGAAAAGAUGAGGGUUGGCCCAGAACUCCGUCUUUUCAGUGAGGAGGUGCUAGAAGGACUAUUUUGUUACCGCAGGGAAAUUGAAAGGUCUUGUGGCCCAGCUUAAGUGACUGAGUCAUUCAUCCUAAAGAUGUCAAAGCUGAUCAAGAUCAUGACCUCACGUUCCUCAAAAAGAGCAUGAGACUUGAGACCAGGCUCUCGUGACUUCAAAAUUUUGAGGCAGUUUCUUGACUUUCUAAAGAAAUGGUAGUCGCACGCACCGAACUCUAAGAAGGGAUCCUUGAGCGAGAGUACUGCGGAGGGCCUGCGUGUCACUUUGCAGUCAACGCUAUAUCUUGUGUGUUACCUGUCUUCACAGUGUGGUUUCAAGUACCUCCUUACAUCCAAGCUGAGCCAAGACAAACUGGAAAUUUUUUUUGGAAUCGUAAGGCAGUCCAAUGGCACUAAUGAUCAUCCAACAACAGCGCAGUUUUUGACGACACUAAAUGCGCUUGCUUUCUAUAAUCUAGCGCGGCCUCCAAAGACAGGAAAUUGUACCCCUGGGGUUAUCAGUUCAUUGCUUGGACAUAACAGCGUGACACCCGGCCAAAGCAGUCCCGGUGGGAUUGAUGCGCUCGACGAGCUGGUUGACAAAGAGAGACUAGAUGAUGCAGAAGCUGUCCUGAAAGUUCUUCCUCCAGAAAAUCACAGCAACUACAUAACUUAAAAGAGCUCAAGCUGCCUUGUGUACUACGUUUCCGGGCAUGUGGCCCGCAAGAUUCUGCAAAAAAGGGGGUACACGAUCUGUGCUGAAUGUUUGACUUCCACCAAGACAUCCGCAGGGUUGGAUUCAAGAAGCGAUUUGACCCAGGAGUUUGACUCUGGUGGGUUGCUCCACCCGCCCGGCAAACUUGCAGAGCUUGUAAGCUCGCUGGAAGACUCCUUCACUGUCUUUUUUAGCGCCAGGAAGAUCACUUCUACAAAUAUGUACGACCUGUCUAGUUUCUUGCAAGCUGUCGAGCUCCCAAAACUUGACUGCAGCACGCAUGAAAGAGAAAUUACACUGCAAAUUGUUAAGUUUUAUGUUCUCCUCAGAUUUCGUUUUUAUGCGAAGUCACUUAACCGUGACAAGACCUCCCAAAGAGAGCGACUAAAGUACUUAAAGAUCAGGAGGUGCAAAUGA